GUGAUAUAAAGUGGAAAUAUUCGGAGAGUUGUUUUUCAAAGAGUUUAGAUAACGAGGUCGGAAAGUGGCCGCCGUCAACAAGUCGAUGAAGAAGAAGAUAGGAAAGACUUGAGGAAAAUGUCUGCUGAAGUUACUGCUAAUCAGAGUAAAGUUAAGCAUUCCAAGUUCAGGCAGAAAUUCAAGCAACAACAACUCCCAGCAUGGCAGCCUAUCUUAACAGCUGACACAGUUCUCCCAGCCUUUUUUCUGAUUGGCUUGCUCUUUGUUCCUCUUGGUGCUGCCCUACUCUUCUUUUCACGAAGUGUGCAAGAAUUACAGCUGGAUUAUACUGAAUGUCUCAGUACAACUCACAUACUAGCUAAUGGAGAGCCAAAAUUAUGUCGAGAUGUCAUUAAGGAGAAUAUUGGAGACUUAUGUGUGUGUCAAAAAAACUUCACUGUAGAUGAAUCCUUUGAAAAGAAUGUGUACCUUUACUAUGGAUUGGACAACUUCUAUCAGAAUCAUCGCCGGUAUGUCAAGUCUCGUGAUGACAAGCAGCUACUGGGUAGAGAUGAUACUACUGUUUCAAACGACUGUAGUCCAUUUGGUACAGACUCCGAAGGGAAAGUGUAUGCUCCAUGUGGAGCAAUUGCCAACUCUAUGUUCAAUGAUACACUAAGACUGUUUGAAGUAAAAGACAGUGGAGCAUCGCACGAGCUGAAUUUAUUAAAGACAGGAAUUGCUUGGCCUUCAGAUCGUAAAAUCAAAUUCAACAAUCCACCUGGGCCCUUAAAUGCAAGUGGAGCUUUCAGUAAUAAUGUGAAGCCAAUAUACUGGACAAAAAAUGUGUUUGACUUAGACCCAGAAGACCCCAACAAUAAUGGUUAUAAGAAUGAAGACUUGAUUGUCUGGAUGAGAAGUGCUGCCUUUCCAACAUUCCGUAAACUGUACCGAAGGAUUGACCACAACAUGACAGGGUUUAAAUAUGGGUUUCCUAAAGGGACAUACUAUCUGGAAGUAGAGUACAGGUACCCAGUGGACUCCUUUGGUGGCAAGAAACGAAUGAUUCUGUCAACCACAAGCUUUCUGGGUGGCAAGAACAACUUCUUGGGGAUUGCUUAUAUCAGCGUGGGUUGCCUCUGUUUAUUUUUGGGGAUCAUAUUCCUGAUUAUUCACAUCAAAUUUGGCAAAAGGUGAGUGAUUCUAAUAGUU